GCGAGUUUCGCGGGAUACGUCAAUGUAAUUCCACUCGGUUGGUUUAAGCUCUUCACAGUUUCAUCGGCGAGGACUCCGUACGUUUCCGUACAACAGGCUCUCCGGCUGUUUGGGUCUUCCAAAGGAUACCGGAAAUCAGAAACAAGCACGUGGAUACUGACUGACCUGACACUCAUAGAGAUAUCCAAACGAGUUCUUUUAACAUGAUCCAAGUGAUGUAACGGGACUUUCAAGAUGGUGGACAGCAGCAAUCUGAGCGUCUCCGUGAGCCCGAACAACGACACGCAUGACCCGCGCACCCAGGUGUACGCCGUCAUGGGUAUCUUGUCCGUGUUCUCGAUCACGGGCACUAUCGGGAACGCCGUGGCCUUCUACGUGUUCUCGAGCCUCAAGAACAAACUCACUUCGACCAUCUUCAUCCUAGCCCUGGCCGGCGUCGACUUCAUCACCUGCCUUCUCAUCAUCCCCUACACCAUGGCCGUCGAGUACCUUGAGUUCAAGGUCGCCAACGACGCCGUCUGCAAGAUGUACCACUUCCUCAUCACGACAACAAUCCCGUUUUCGGCAUUCAUAAUGGUGGCCAUCGCCGUCGACAGAUACCUGUGCAUCUGUCAUCCUUUUUUACACCUGAUGACCAUCAGGCGAGCGAGGAUCAUCGUCGGCUGCCUGUCGACGUUCGCGCUCAGUCUGGGAGUGAUUGCCUGUAUCCAUUACACAGUGUACAAAACAGUUCCCGUGACGGACGCCAUGCUCACAGCAGUGCCAUCUAACGGUAGUAACGUUGUGUUAACGGGGAAUAACUCUAACCCGGGUUACUCUUCGAUUCCUUUGAGACAUUUGACGUUUAACGAAACGAUGGGGGAAAACAACGCAACCUCUGCCGCCGGCUAUGAUGACGGGGAACGGGAGGGGGAAGGGGCAGAUCUGGGGACGGUUUACGUCUCUCCAGUGCCCAAGUUCAAGGAGAUGUACACGGGGGAGUGCACGACGAAAAAGACGAUGAUCCACCCGCUGUUUUUCUACAUCUUCACGAAGAUCUACUCGUCAUUCUUCGUUAUCUGUUGUCUGAUCGUCUUCGUUCUCUACAGCCUCAUCUACCGGUCCGUGAUCGCUCAGAGGCGGAAGCGGCUGCGAAUCAAGACCAACAACUGCUGCAUGUCCUGGGACUCGGCGAACGUCGACUGCGAGCAGUCGGAGGUCACUGAGGCUAUGGAACUCAACCACUCCACGGCCAACGGAGAGACGCUCAAGUCGUGCCCGGACGAAAGCAACGCCCUCGACCCCAACCAGAUGGGCAACAACUCGGCGCGCGCCCGGCUGGAGCGCAUGCGCAUAGCGAACAUCAAGACGGCGGUGAUGUUGUUCGUGGUGACGCUGGUGUUCAUGGUGGCCUUCAUGCCGGCGUGGUUGAUGGUGCACAACAUCAUCACCCUGCAACUCGUCUUCUUCUAUCUGUACUUCGUCUACAACGUCGCUAAUCCCAUUAUCUACGCGUUUAUGAACAACACUUUUAGAAUAGAGCUCAAGAAAUUGUUUCACUGUCAAAAUUAGACACUCACGCUUAACUUCUUUUUUUUUUUUUUUUUUUUUUUUUUUUUUUUUUUUUAAUUAUUUAUUAUCAUGGUUUCUCGUUUGGGUUAUUUCGUAUUUCUUUAUUACUUCGCCAAGCCACAACGCUAAUUAACUUUCUUUUUGUAUCUUAGCUGUUUUAUGACGCCACGGCAUUAACUCAUUUUUAUUGUCAUGAUAUUAUUUUAUUUUAGAUCAUCAAAGCUCAUCUGAAGGUUAAAAUCGUGAGAGAGGAUCAUACCCUGGAAGUUCUAACCAGCUGACGAUGUUUUCUUUGCUAACACAAUCUAUAUUUGCAUAUCCACCACACAGACGCUAUAUUCGUCCUUUAAAAGUGUAUGCAACAUGUCUGCAACAUGACUUUUAUCUGAGGUUUUGUUAUUUUCCACACCCACCAUAUAACAGCAAAGUCUUAAUUAUACCGAAAAGAACAGAACAAAAGUUAUUUACUCUCAGGGUCAUGAAUCGACGGCAUUUGAAGAAUACUUACAUACAUAGAGGUUAUUACCAGAGUGUUUUUCGGUAUCGUCAAUAUCAUAUAUUAGGACUAAAAAUUGUAUUAUGCGAGCCUCUGGCGAGCAUAAGACAUU